AUGGGCGAUCACCUUGGCUCGCGCUUCACCGUCAUUGAACAGAUCGGCAGCGGCAAUUAUGGCUCUCUCUACCGCGCCAUCGAUGGUGAAGCGGCGACGCUGGCCGACCGAAUUAUCGCCACAAAGAAGUUGAAGGACACGAUGAACCACCCACACGUGCUGCGUGAGGUGAGCGUGCAGCGCCAUGCUCAGCAGUGCUCGCCGCACAUUGUCAAACUGCUUCACGUGGUGCCACGUGAUCAUGUGCGGGCAGCGCUGGUGCUCGAGUACGUGCCGCUGGACUUGCGAACCUUUCUGAACGCCUUCUACUGUGACCGAGCGAAAUCAUCGGCACCGCCGUGGUGUGCAGCUGCUGGGGCCGGUGCACUCAAACCGGUGUCGACGCCGCCGAGACACAUACCCUUGAUCUAUGUGCGGCGAAUGCUGCGAGGCCUCGUCGAGGCGCUGCACUGCCUGCACUCCCGCGGCAUCGUCCACCGUGACGUGAAACCAGAGAACAUUCUCGUGGAGCCGCUCGGACUGGGGCGCCCACUUCGGUGUGUUUGCCCGCCUAUGGGCUCUUCUGGGACCGCAGGUGAGGCUGCGGGCUGUUGGGUGCACGCCCCUCACAGCCCUCACCCACAAGAGGAGGAGGGUGUAACUCAAGCGAGACACCGACCUGGUACACUGGAGUCGUGCCAAUUUUUCUGUCAAAACUCAGUGGCGCUGCAUCAUGAACUGACCGGCGACGAGCUGGCGUCCGCCAUUCAUCGGAUACACUGCGAGACGUGUCGGCGCUGCCCACACGCGCCUGCCGGGGUACAGGAAUACGUGCUUCAGCGCCAUGAAGACAGCAGUAGAGUGGCAGCAGGCACCUUCUGCUCGCAGGAGCGGCAAGCGGGCGCCGUGGACAAGGAAGGUUCAGCGAAGAUGGACGAAGACGAGGAGGACAAGUGCGCCGCGUCUACGCCACCGCUCGUCCCGGAUGUCAAACUAUGCGACUUCGGCUCUGCGCGGCACAUUGGCACGUUGCGUCUGCGCAGUGCAGAGGAGCAGCGAGAGGAGCUCACCCCGGGGCCCACAACACCGGUGUACUGCGCUCCCGAAAUGAUGUUACUGCAGCACUAUGGAACGUCGGUGGACAUGUGGGCUGUUGGCGCCAUCCUCUAUGAAAUGCUCACAGGCGAGUUUUUUCUCAGCGUGGGUACGCUGCGCUCCUUCUCCGGCAAUGUCAUUGUUCAGGACGACUACUGCGUGAUGCACCGACUGAAUCGCAUGUUCCUCCACCUCGGCACGCCAUCCCUGGACGAGUGGCGGUCUAUCGCUCACCCCCUCUACUACCCCGACGAGGUGCUGGCCCACCUACCGCAGGUGCGUGAUGCAGCACUCUUCCGCUGCGUAGCCCAGUCCAUCAGCCCUCCCGAGCGUCUUCUGCAGGACAGCGGCGACGGCAAGGCGAACGGUGACACCGAAACGACUGAUGAGCAGAAGGACCUCAACGUGCAGCCACCUGUCGGGCCGUGUUCAUGUACACCACAAGCGUCAGUUAAUGGUGCGACAGACUCGAAUGUCGCAACAGCGUCGGAGCCGUGCUACGGGAUGCCCGGGGUGCCGGCCCCGUCGAGUCUCUCGGACUUCCUCUAUCAGCGCACAGGAGCAAGCGGCGUGGAUUUUUUGCUCUCGUUGCUGCGGUACGACCCGGCACAGCGCAUGACGUCCGCGGAGGCGCUACGCCACCCCUUCUUGAAUCCUGAAGGGGCGAAGGGGUACACUUAG